AUGGACGAUGAAAAGCCCGAAAAUGUCAAGAUGGAGCCUCUUGACGCCGCGAUAAGCGUGACUCACGGAAAUGUCAGUGUGCUGGCCAGCAACGAGCUGGUGGUUGACCACGUUAUCGAAGCAAUUGGGAUGGGUCGAUACCAGUGGCAGCUGCUCUUUUCGUGCAGUUUUGGCUUCCUUGUCGAUCAGAUGCUCUUAAUUUCAAUCACAAUAAUCAUGCCAAAUGCAGCGAAAGAAUUUGGCCCCAGAUAUCAAACCCUGCUCUCAGCUUCAUUGUACGCAGGUCUCUUUGUGGGCGCUGUUACUUGUGGCAUCCUUGCCGAUCUGCUAGGCCGGAAGCUCAUAUGGCAGCUAUCAAUUUUCGGUGUUUCCAGCGCUACCCUGCUGGCCGCGUCAUCUCCAAACUGGGCAGCCCUAAAUAUCUGGACCGCUUUAUGUGGGUUCUUGGCUGGUGGUAACUUGGCCAUUGAUCUAGCUGUACUGGCUGAGUCCCUGCCGCAGAAAUGGACCUUUCUUCUCACCGGUAUUGCAUGUGUUUGGGGCUUAGGAAACGCCGUCACUGCACUUAUUUCAUGGCCUCUUGUCGUCCAAUUCUGUUGCCCCAACGGAACCAACCCGGAGACGUGCGCCCGAUCUGACAAUAUGGGUUGGCGAUAUAUCGACAUCGUCCUUGGUGGAUUAUGUUUGAUCAUGUCCAUAGUGCGGUCCUUGAUCCUUGGGAUGCACGAGUCGCCGAAAUGGCUAGUCAGCAAAGGCAGGAUUGACGACGCUGUGACGGCACUUAAUUCGAUCAGCUCUAAGAACAAAUCCGAAUUCGCAGCGGACCCUCAGCUAUUCAUUGAUAUACCACAGGAGCAGAUUGCAAAACCUACAUGGCUUGAAGAUGUUGUUUCGAUGCGGGAGUUGUUCUACGGGUGGAAAAAUAUCAAGCUAAUGGGGAUCAUGAUGUUACUCUGGGCGUUUGUCGGAAUUUGGUGA